AUGCGCUCGCUCGCUUCGCCACACGUCCACCAAUCCCAUCGCGCGAAAACUCGCGCGUUGAAACCCUUCCGAACGACACUCCGAGCGCUUUCAAGGACCGAAAACGGCGCUGGGCACGACGCCGUCGACGCUUUUUGCUCGCACCUGGAAGCUCUGAGCUCUCUCUCGCGAGAUUUCGACGAAGAGCUCGACGCUUACAUCGCGCGCGUGCUCACGAGCGCGCCCGCCAUCACGGCUGAUGUCCUGUGCGACCUAGCCAUCGAAUGCGCCGGUCCCACGGAAGCGCGGUCGGCGGAUAGGGAGGAGGCGAGACGCUGCGCCAACGCGCGGGGAGACUUGGCUUCGAUGGCCAACGCGACGACGAGCGCGUUUCAUCGGUUAGGAGACGUGGAUGGGUGCGAGAUAACAGUGCGGAGGAUGCGCGUGGCGGGUGCAGCGCCGGACGUGGUGACUUUCGGAUUGCUCGCGUCGGCGAUGCGACGAGCCGGGCGGGUAGAGGCGUCGAUUCGAGCGCUCGACGAGGCGUCUAUCGAGCUAAAGCGAGGGACGAGACCGGGUCGAAAGAAGAAACGGGUGAAGAUGGAACACCCGGAUUUGGUUAAUUUACGAGUUUUAUAUGACGACGGCUCGAUCGCGGCGGUUUUCAAGCCGGCGGGGGUGCUCACGCAUCCAGCGGAGGGGGGAGCGGCGACGAGUUUGAUGGACGCGGCGCUCGCACGCUUCGGCGAUACCGGGCUCAGUGAUUUGAAUGGAUCGGAUAAGCGAGGGAUCGUGAGUCGGCUCGAUAAACCAACGUCUGGUGUGAUCUUACUCGCGCGACACAACGCCGCGCACGCCAAACUCGUGACAGACUUUUAUCAGCGAAGAGUGAGCAAGACGUACAUCGUUCUCGUCGACGGAGCUCCGACUGACGAGCGAGGGACAGUCACCGCCCCCAUAGAUGACCGACCGGCAACGAGCGAGUAUAAAGUUUUAGAGCGGUUCAAUUCCGCUUCUUGCUCGUACGCUCUCGUGCGAGUCAAGCCAAAGUCUGGACGUAAACACCAGAUUCGACGCCACAUGGCUAUGAUCGGAUGUCCGCUUGUUGGAGACACAGUGUAUAGAAAGGGACGCGCGAAAACUCUGAACGCGAAGCCACCCGCGUGUGUCGCAGAAGUCCUAUCACACGGUAAACCUGGCACGAUAUUCUUUCUCCACGCGUGCGAGGUGGAGUUUGAGACCGAUGGGAAAAUUAUUACUGUCGAGGCUCCUCUGGCCGCGGAAUUUGAGACGCUCGUAGAUCGACUCAAAAAAGUCGCGAAAUAG